UAAAGAAGAAUUCCUAGUUAAGAUGGCUCCUGAGGAAAGUUCAAGAAACAGACAUUGUGAAGCGGACUCACUAUCUUUGCCAAUCUCUGCAAAAUCUACGGAAACUAGUUUGGUGAACAAUACAUCCACAACUCAUUUACUUUUAGAAAGUACUGUGCAAACUUGGAAAGAAGAGGAGUGCAUAGAUAUUUUGUCCUUGGCCCUGCCUGCAGCAAAUAGAGGUACAUCACUAAGAAAACCAUGUCAGUUAAAUGGUGAUUCUGUUUUAGAGACAGUACAAAUAACAAACCAUGAAUCUCAAACUCGCGGCUAUACAGCAAUGGAUGAAUCUAUUACUACAAAUGCAGAACAGGAUGUUUGUGUAAAUAUUGCAAGAACACAGGAAAUAAAUAGUAUAAAUAUAUUGUGCCAAGAUGUUGUUGUUGAUGAUGAUGAGACUCAUCUUCAAGGAAAUAAAAUCAGUGCUAAGCAAAUUAUUGGGGAGAAAGACUCCAAAAUCUGUGAUAUAUUACAUGAGGAAAUUGCCCUUUCUCACAAAUCAGAAUCAGAUAAAGUUUUUUCAACAGAAAAUUCAAAGUGCAUUAGUAAAAACUAUGACAUGAAUGUGAAUCCAGAUAUCUGUGACACUUCAGUGAAAACUGACACCCAAGAUAAUAGCAUCAGUGGCCUAGAUAAUAUCAGCAUGGGAAGUGCAAAUAAUGAAGACAUGGAGAAUAAUAUAAUUAACUUUUUUGGUAGUAACAAUAGUUUCUAUAAGGCAGUGCAGAGAAUCAACAAAGUGGGUGCCAUAGAAAAGUCUGCUAGGUAUUCUAAAUUUUUAGCUUUUCCCAAGAUGGCAUCCUUCAAGAAAUCUAAGCUAACAUCUCCUGACAAUCAAGAUAACAUGAAAACUAAGGAAGUAACAUUUGAUAGUGAUAAAGCAGAUGAAGUAGAAGAUAAUUGGAAAGACCUCAAGUCAUCCUGUCCUACUUUGCAAAACAAGGAUCAAUGCCUUGCAGAAUAUUCAGAUGACGACGAUUUAUUCUAUGAAAGACCUGCUGGGCUUUUCAGUAGAAUUAGUUUGAGAAAAGCUUCUAGCUCUGGUCGGGCACUCUUAGAAAAUGCAGGCACAUAUUCUUCUUCUCCCAUGUUAGCCAAAGUAAAAUAUGGGGAAGGAACAACUUUAGGAUUUAUGGAGAACAACAAUAAUGAAUUUACUGAGGAGCCUGAAGUCCAGAAAUCCUCUCCAGAGAAUGAUUUUAAAUGUAACAAAGGCAUAGAUAGCAAAAAAUUCCGAAGCCGAUUGGCCUUGGCCCAUAGAUCCUUUUCAAGUUUUUUUGAAUCUAAAAUUCUGGAAAAGGAAAAUGCUCAACAGAGUCCAAAAAUUUCAUUAAAAAAUGAAAAAGAAAAAGUGAAAGUACACCAAUCUUGGAAAGCUUUUCUAAAAAAUAAGGAGGGAGAUAGCCUGAAGCAAAAUCCCUGUUCAAAUAGGAUCUCUAGAAACUUUAGUAGAAAAACACUGAAGGAAAAAAAGGAGUAUCAAAAUGGACAAGAAUUUUUUAAAUACAGUAUUUCUAAUGGCUCAUCUACAGGAGGUGGGCAUUCCUAUUCCUUUGGGCCUGCUGACUUUCUACCUAUAGACACCAGGAGGAAGAGGAGAGAGUCAUCCUAUAGCCCAGAUUGUAGUGAAAAAGAGAAAAUGAUGGGGAAUGAUGGGAAUAUUCCGUAUGAAGAAUUCUGGCUGAAAUCUCCAAUUACUCCAAUUGAUCUACAGUCAUCAUUUCCCCAUUUCACUCCUUCUUGCCCCCAGUUGUCAAUGUAUGAACGUAAAGACAUGCCAUGCAGGCCUAUGAGUCCCAAGCCACAGAGUCCUCGAACUGCUCAUCAGCGCAUGGGCUUCCAUUAUCCUGGUAAAUUAAGUUCAACUUCAUUGAUAUCUCUUGGAAAUAUCUCUGUUAUUGAUGGUGGUUUGGAAGCACCUGAGAGGCCAAAGACAUUGAAACCCAGAUCUAGUUUCUUGCAGUCCAUGCACUCAUUGGAUAAUGACUAUUUGAGAGAAGACAGUGGGAUAAGCAGCCAGUCACAGAUCAGCUUAAACACUACUACUUCAAUGAGUGAUAUAAUCAGAGAUGAGGAACAUUCCCAACAAAGUGAAAUUUCAGCAGAAGACAGGUCAGGUGAAAAGCAUGGUCUUCCUUACCGAAAAAAGUCUAUUCAGAUGCCAGGGUCUUUGGAUUCAAAUGUAGAGGACAAGGCCUGGAUCCUUCCCUUCUAUAUCCAGGAGGGAAAGAUAAAAAAGUACGUCCAGCAGAAGAGACACAAAUCUCUGUACAAAUGCUUCAGCUUUGAUGAUACAUGGAUGGAGAGAAAUCGAAAAAGGACCUUUGUGAAAGAGGCCCAGUCAGACAGAGAAAAUGAAUCAAGUAACUUCCCAGAAGAUCAACUCACUGCUAAAAUGAAAUCAGUUACUUCUCCAGUGGCCACUGAUGCUCUUCCUCUAAAGUUGCACCUCUAUUCCCAGAGCACACCUACAGGACUAGACUGCAUGGGCUUGAGGCAAAGCAUCUCCUUUCCUGUAAUUGCUGAUGGAUCACUAGAGAAAACCAGUGAUGACAUUGGGAGUGAAGAGGAUUUAUAUGAAGAUUUCCGUAGUUCAAGUCAUCGUUAUGGCCACCCAGGUGGUGGAGGAGAACAACUUGCUAUUAAUGAGCUUAUUAGUGAUGGUGGUGUGGUCUAUGCAGAAGCACUCUGGGAUCAUGUCACUAUGGAUGACCAAGAACUAGGUUUCAAGGCUGGCGAUGUUGUUGAAGUCAUGGAUGCGACUAACAAAGAAUGGUGGUGGGGCAGGAUAAUGGAGAAUGAAGGCUGGUUCCCAGCAAGCUUCAUAAGGCUCCGAGUAAACCAGGAUGAACCAAUUGAAGACUAUCCUCUGAAGUUAGAAGACGGUCGGGAAGAAGAUGGAAGAAAUGCUGCUUAUCGCUAUGGAAUGGGGCAUACAACAAAGGAUCAAAUGAGAACCAAUGUUAUUAAUGAAAUUCUAAGCACAGAAAGAGAUUACAUCAAACACCUAAAAGACAUCUGUGAGGGCUAUAUAAAACAGUGCCGUAAACGAGCAGACAUGUUCACAGAAGAGCAAUUGAAGACUAUAUUUGGGAAUAUUGAGGAUAUCUACAAAUGCCAGAAAAAAUUUGUUAAAGCCUUGGAGAAGAAAUUCAACAAAGAUUGCCCACACCUAAGUGAAGUUGGCUCUUGCUUCUUGGAAUAUCAAAAUGAAUUCCAGAUCUAUUCAGAAUACUGCAACAAUCACCCAAAUGCUUGUAUGGAGCUUUCCCGGCUUACCAAAGUGAACAAAUAUGUCUAUUUCUUCGAAGCAUGCCGUCUCCUUCAGAAGAUGAUUGAUAUCUCUCUGGAUGGUUUUCUCCUAACGCCAGUGCAGAAAAUUUGCAAGUAUCCCCUACAGCUUGCAGAAUUGCUGAAAUAUACCAAUCCACAGCAUAGGGAUUUUAAAGAUGUUGAAGCUGCUUUGAAUGCCAUGAAAAAUGUAGCACGGCUCAUCAAUGAAAGGAAGAGGCGUUUGGAAAAUAUAGACAAAAUUGCUCAGUGGCAGAGCUCAAUAGAAGAUUGGGAGGGUGAAGAUGUCCUUGUUAAGAGUUCUGAACUCAUCUACUCUGGGGAGUUAACCAAAAUUUCCCAGCCUCAGGCAAAAAGCCAUCAAAGAAUGUUCUUCCUCUUUGAUCACCAACUUGUAUGCUGCAAGAAGGAUCUCCUACGACGUGACAUCCUCUAUUAUAAGAGUCGGAUCAACAUGGAUCUUAUGGAGAUUCUGGAUGUGGAAGAUGGAAAGGAUAAAGAUUUCAAUAUUACUAUUAAAAAUGCAUUCAAACUGCAUUGCCAGGACACUGAAGAAGUCCAUUUAUUCUGUGCAAAGAAACCAGAACAGAAGCAACGCUGGCUCAAGGCAUUUGAGAAUGAAAGGAAGCAGGUUCAGCUUGACCAGGAAACAGGUUUCUCCAUCACUGAAAUGCAGAAGAAACAAGCUAUGCUUAAUGCCAGCAAACAAAAUCAGAGUGGAAAGCCAAAAGUGAUCACUAGGACGUAUUAUGAUUUCUUGAUGCGCCAGAAACACCCUACUCUGCCUACAAACCUUCCCCAGCAGCAAGUCUUCAUGCUAGCAGAACCCAAACGCAAACCUUCAAACUUCUGGCAGAAUAUCAGCAGGCUGGCACCGUUUCGAAAAUAAGUGGAAGCAGCCUGACCUUGUGCCUGAAUCCCUUUUGAGACAGCACUUUAUGCUUCUGUCCUGCAAGCCCAAGCACUGC